AACCUGACUCCAGUGACCCGUCUGCAACACCUCGCAGAGGAUCGGCUCUUGCAGCGUCACAAAGUCGGUUCAACAGGUAAUGCUCAGGGAACAUGACUGAACAAAGACAGCGAGCCCUGUCCACGUCAGGCGAGGCUCUCUACCAGGUGCUCGGCCUUGACAAGAACUCCACUCACGAUGACAUCAAGAAAUCGUACAGGAAGCUCGCUUUGAAAUAUCACCCGGACAAGAACCCGGAGAACCCUGAUGCUGCUGAGAAGUUUAAAGAACUCAACAAUGCUCACUCUGUCCUCUCGGACGUCACAAAACGGAACAUUUAUGACAAGUAUGGCUCGUUGGGACUCUAUGUGGCCCAGCAGUUUGGAGAGGAGAAUGUGAACACUUAUUUUAUGCUCUCCAGUUGGUGGGCCAAGGGUCUGUUUGCCAUUUGUGGCGUGCUGACAGGCUGCUAUUUCUGCUGCUGUCUGUGUUGCUGCUUCAACUGCUGCUGUGGGAAGUGUAAGCCCCGCACUCCUGGAGAGGAAGACCAAGAGUGCUACGUGUCUCCUGAAGACCUGGAAGAGCAAAUUCGCACUGACACCGAAAGGGAUGGUGACACUCCUGUAAUGCAUCAGCCAACUAAUGCGAGUGAGAAGACCCAGCUGAUUGGGGACGGACACCGGACAUAUACCUGAGAGAGAGAAUGUCUUUAUAAUACUUUCUGAUAUGCUUUUGUUUUCAAUAACUGUUGUGUGUAAUGUACAAAUAUAACACACAUCUCAUAACGCUGACACAGUAAUUUAAUGGUGAUGCACACACAAUGCACGGUAUACAUUGAUGUCUAUUAAUUAUGGAUAUUUUCCUACCAAUGCUGUCUGUACAUAACUUAUUAACAGAUCAUAAGAAUUAUUAUAAUGGAAUGUGACCCUGAUGCCUAAUAUAUUAAGAAUAAAAGAAUGUUUUCACAAAAAGAGGACAUAGACACGAUUGUUUAAAACUAAUGACAAA